AUGAGCCACCAGGGACAGCUUCACUACGAAGGCACGGAGGACACCGCGGAGGAAGUUCUGCUGGAUUCGCCGCCUGCCCGUCCUUCCGGGAAGUCGCGCUGGUACUUUGCCGGAGCCGGGGUGUUGGCGGUGCUGGCAGUUGUGGGGUUGGCAAAAGCCGUGCUCCCCUCAGCCCUGAAAUUCAGCAGCGCCAAGAAUGCGAUUAGUUUACAGGAGGUGCAGCACUGGGAAGACAUCCCAGGCAUCGACAAGGUCAUCCAGAAGGCCCAGGGCCUGAGGCAUGAGAAGCCCCUGCGCAACCUGCAGGACCUCUUCUACGACUCUCAGCCCGAGGAGUUGCCCUGGAUCCGCACGGAGUGUGUCAUCGAUGUAGUCCAAGCAGCUGCCUACCUGGACCAAGCCAUCGUCUUCUUGUACAAGGCUAUCGACUACAACGGCUUAGAGUGCCCGAACAACUCGCCGGUGGGCUGCGCGGCUAGCGUGGCAGGUUUCCUCACCUCCAUCAGUUGGAUUGCGUCCUACCUUUCCUUCGCAGCCAACGCCUGUGGCCAGGCUGUGAACAACGGAGCUUUGUGUGCUGGUGACUUCACAGCGCUGACGGCCAACUUUGGAGAGAUCGCCACAGUGGGUGCGGCCGCGCGGGCAGACUGCAACUUUGAGAAGAACGUCCAUGCGAUCCUCACCAAUCCUGAGCCGAAGAACCUUAACCGUCGUUUGGACGAGGCCCCGGAUCGCAUGCUCCCCACCCGAAAGUGGACGCAGUUCGUGCCAGCCGCUGCAGCACCAGCUGUGGAGAAGUAUGUGAAGGUCAAGGGUCACGUGGAGGCCAACCGCAACCGCGGCUUCGACAUCGCCCAGUGCGUCGCGGAUGUGACCAACUCCGCUGCCUACAUCGUCCGCGUCAUCCUCCAGCUCCGCACNNNNGCUGUUUCCUCGUGCGCCGACCCCAAGGCCUGCGCCAUCAACGUCAUGAACAUCAUUAGCUCCUUUGCGUGGAUCUCGCAGUUCACGGCCCUUGCGGUGGCUGACUGCCAAGUGGGUGUGGACCAGAAGGCUUUGUGCACUGCUGACAUCUCC